AUGAUGAGAUCCUUUUCCACCGUCCGUACCCUCAGAUUCCAAAAGGAAAGUGUUUCCCACUUCAUCAAGUCCUCCAAGACUGCUACACCUGCGUCCACUGCAUCGGUGGUUGCGGAAGGUGGAGUUGCUCCAGGUCCUCGCUGGCAGCCUACCCACGGCAACUCGUUCAGAUCGUUCGCCGAAUACAGAUUGAGACUGACCAACCAGUCUCCCUUGGCCAUCAGAUCCAAGGAGAAGCAGAAGUUUUUCUACCUCGAAGUGUCUGGAAACCCGCCGAGGAUGUAUCCCUAA